AAUAAAUAUUAUGAUUGAAUAAUCGACACCCACACAAAAAUUAAACAAUGUCAUCAUUAGGUUUAUUAGCUGAAGAAAAAACGCGAAAAGUGCAUGGUCGUAGAGUUAGUGAAGAAACUGUUUAUUCAGUACAUAGUAGUUCAAAUGGAUUUUCUAGUGGACAACGUGGUAUGGCAGUUAAUGGCACUGGAAGUUUUUUACCACGACGAAAUUUACGACCAGAUACAAUUGCAUUUAAAUCUGGUAAUAGUUAUGUUGCACAACGUGUACUAUCAGCAAAAGUACUACGAUUUAAAGAAUUACAAAAUGAAUUACAAGAAGUUAAGAAUCAACUACAUGAAGUUAUGAAUGAAAAUAAAUUGUUAAGAAAUUUACAAAAACGACAAGACACAGCUUUGUCUAGAUAUGAAGAUAGCUCCGCUGCAUUACCUCGUCUAUUGGAAAAUCACCAGGCCGAAGUAAAUACUCUAAAAGCACAUGCACGUGAAGUACGAGCCGCCGCUCGUAGUUUGCAUCGUAAAUUACAACGUUCAGAAAAUGAGUUAUUAAAUUUGCGCGACGAACAUGAAAAAUUAUUGAGAAUUGCUGAGGAUAAAGAUUUAGAGGGUAGAUCUCAACUUCAAAAACGAAUUGAGGAAUUAGAAGAUCGUUUAAAUGAAAUGAAAGAAAAAAAUAUCGCGUUAAGUCGUAGAAUGGAAAUUGAACAAAAGAGUCAUAGUCAACAAAUGAGUACCGAAAUUGCAAAACGUAAAGCUUUAAGUAAAGAGUUGCAAUCGGCAAUUAACGAAAUUUCAAGAUUAUCAUUUAUUGUUGAACAGCACAAAACGAAUGUACAUAGUGGAGGUGACAAUGAAUCAAGUACGAAUUUAAUUUUAAGAAGCUCAAAAUUUUUAACUAAAAAACCAGUUUCACAAAGAAAUCCAAUUUGUUCCAAAAAACAUACGGGGAAUGCAAACAUUACAAAAAUAUCAGAUACAAACAAUAAAUUCAAAAAUGAGGUCAAUGAGAAAGAUAAAGAUGAAUUAAAUCAAGAUUUUCAUAUUCCAUUAGAAAAUAAAUCCUCAAAUGAGAGUUUGGAUUUGAAUCCAUCAUUAGCUAAAAAUAUUGUAAAUGGUUUAGAUUUAACUGCAGAUGAAUUUCUACACACUGAGAAAAAAGAGACAAUAACUGAUGGCAAAGACUUUUCUUGUAAUAAAACCGAAGCGAAAACUUCAAAAAAUAAGAAAUGUGACAGUGAAGAUGAAAAUGGAAAAGAACGUCUCAUACGCCUAUCGUCAUCAAAUGGUGAAAAUUAUAGUUGGUACGAUGAAGCAUAUUCAGAUAAAUCAAAAAUUGAUUUUUCGACAACUCCAAGUCGUACCAGUUGUGAUGUGAACGAAUCUAAAUCCAGUGCGCAAAGCGAUCGACAUGAAUCAUCAUAUAUUCCAAAAGAAGUACAAAACGAAUUAAGUGAUUCUACCGAAGAAGAAGAAAAAAUUAAACUGACUGUUAAAAAGGAACGUUAUCGAUCAAUGGUUAAUCGUAAAUCACAAAGUAGUGAUGCAUCAUCGCAUGAUAACGUUAAGGAAACGAUAGAAUCAAGUAAUAAUGAAAAUCGAAAAUCUUCAAGGUAUAAAUCAAUGAAAAACAAUUUAAACAAAAUUCAAGACAAUUUAAAUAAAUUCGACGAAGGAGUAGAUAAUUAUCUUGAAGGAAAAUCUAUAAGAAAUAAAAAUUCUUCAUAUGCUGAUAUAACGGAAAAAGGUGUAAAAAAACAUGGAAACUUUAAUGAUUACAUAAAAAAACUGGAGGAAAUUGAUCGAUUAAAUGAUAGUUUAAUAGCUACGUCACAGAAACAAGAUCAACAUGAAAAAGUUACAAGCGAUGAUGAUGAUGGAUUCUAUGCAAAAGGUUCUUUAGACCAAGACGCAAAAGAUGAUAACAGUAUAGGAAAACGAAAAUUUCGAAAAAAUAUGAGUGAAAUAGAUUUAAAAGAAAUGGAAUCGGAUAAAUUUUUAGAAGAAAUAGAUUCAUCUUAUAAGAUGAUACGAUCAAGAAUGGAUGCAGAGAAUGAAAUAAUGAAUCAAAAAUUACAAGAAUAUUGUAAGGAUGUUGCUGGAGAUGUUCAAGCAGCAAAUGAUGCAAUUGAUCAGCAAAAACAAAAUUUAGAACGUAACAGACGCGAAACUGAAAUGAUUGAACAGGCUAUGCGAACGAAUUCAAAAAUUACUGAACAAUUAAAAUUUGGUGGCAGGAUUGAUUCUUCAAAGAAGACUCAAUUACUUGCAGCUUUAAAAGCAAUUGAUUGUGGAAAAGAUGUUAAUGAUCUGCAAAAACCUACAUCCUCAUCAGCUUCAACUGAACUGAUAGAACCUUCAUCAACAAAUUUAAAUUCAAGCCGUCGAAUGAACAAAAAGCAAAUAAUGAAGGAACUUUUCGAUUGA